GUAUUCGUAAUAUAAUGGACGCAACCAGUGGUCGACGAACAAAAUGCAGCAUUUGUAAGCAGCACGGUCAUUAUAGAAAUACUUGUCCACAGAAUACAGAGAGCGCACAACAAGGACGUCGACAUGGCAGAUCUAGAGGAGGCGGGACCGGUUGAUGAGUCCGUCCUGACAGAGCAGCAUCUACAUAGGUCUUCAUUUAUCACGACUGAGGGAUAUCGCGGCGUUCAGUUCGUAGAGCAUGGCCGCAAAUUGAACCAGUGGGAUAUGGAUCAUCCAGCGGUGCUAGAUUUGCUACGACAGUCAGGAUUCUACGGUAUUUCUCGACUUAGGCGUCUGCAGCUCGAUCAGUCUCUAUUGGGAGCUCUGGUCGAGAGAUGGCGACGGGAGACCCAGACCUUCCACUUCCGCCACGGUGAGAUGACGAUUACACUUCAGGAUGUGGCGGUUAUUUCAGGUCUUCGUGUCGAUGGAGCGCCUGUCACGGGGACUACACAGCAUCCGUGGAUAGAGAUUUGUCAGGAGCUUUUAGGGGUUGUGCCGGAUGGCAUCCGAGCUGGUCAGAUUCGCUUAGAUUGGAUAUACCAGCACUUCCAUCAUAUACAUUUGGAUGCUCCGGCUGGAUUAGUUGCAGCCACAGCCCGUGCAUAUAUGUUAUAUCAGAUUGGCUGUAGUCUGUUUCCAAACCCCACCGGAUAUAGAGUUCAUCUUAAGUGGCUACCACUUUUGGCGGAUUUUGACGCAUGUGGUGGUUUAGCCUGGGGGUCGGCAGCAUUGGCCUACCUUUAUCGCGCAUUGGGAACGGCGUCAUUAAAGGACAAGGUCGAAUGCUGUUGUUUCGCGACAUUAGUACAGAUUUGGGCAUGGGACCAUCUUCAUGUCGGCCGACCUACUGGCGUUGGAGCUAUUGCCGACAUGGCUGAUUGCCCUUUGGGUUGCCGGUGGACGAAUGCCGGCGGUUUACGUUUUGGGGCCAACGUUAGGACGACUGAUAUAGAGUUCUAUAGAGAUGAGCUAGAUCAGCAGCGAGAGACACAGAUUACAUGGCGGCCGUACACAGAUGCUGUAUUAGAGGUGCUACCAGCAUUCUGUGUACAGGGCAGUGAGGUAUGGCGAUCGCGGACCACGCUGAUUUGUUUUCAUAUCGUCGAGCUUCACGUGCCCGAUCGAGUCCUUCGGCAGUUUGGUCUCCUGCAGCAUAUACCUAUUCAUGUGGAGACCAUCCGUCGCUUUACAUCUCAGGGGCGGCCAGAUGAGCAUUGGGGCCACUUUCAUGCUGCACACAUCGAGAGAUGGGGACAGCGAUUACAGGCUAUUAUUGACCAGCAUCUGAUUGUCGGUGAUGAUCCAGUACAGGCGACCUCGAUUUAUAUGGAGUGGUACUGGCAGAUCACGAGACGAUGGAUUUCUCGUCCAGUACAGCGUCCACCAUUGACUUACCAGCCUCGUGGCCAGACCGAGAGAGCUUUGGUGGACGCUAUACGACAGACACAGUAUAGCAUCAGGAGCCUAGUUCAUGAUCGACCUUCUUACGAUGCGGUGAUGGAGGCAUUGACGGGCAUGGAUAUCGAUCUUGAUAGUGUACUGGAGUACAUUCCUACUAUACCUGUCGCCACUGAUAUCAGAGGUCGAGAUUUUGGACAUGCAUCGACAUCGGGUCAUCACCACCGUCAGACACCGACAUCUGCUGGAUCUCCAUCUCCUAGUGAUGUUGCUGAUAUACCCGCCGCCCCUGAGAGAUUUCCUACUAGGCCAUUGGACUUGGACUUGCUUUUGCCGCCGCCAGUCUCUAGAGAUCACUUUACAUUCGUCUAUUCUCGACGUCAUGCCGCGUCUUCAUCACAAGCCCGCCCAACAUCUAGACCAGCCACUAUCGAGGAGACUCAGGCGAUACCGGAGCAUCGCGAGGGCGUUAUGAUUGCAGAUCUCGAUGCGAUGGCCGAUAUCGAGGCAAUUGAUGACAUACCUAUUGCUAAUCUCGUUGUAGAGGGUGGCCGUAGACGUGGACGUGGACGUGGCCGUGCACGAGGACGUGGCCGAGGACGUCGAGGGAGAGGACGAUCGAGAGGCUGA